AUGCUUGGCUCAGUCAUGAUCUACAAAAGCCAGACGGAUUACACUUAUAAAGAAGCUGUUCAAGUUGAUGCUCAAUUAAGAAGAAGCAUGUCAUUUUUGAAUAAUUCUGCGGUCCUUAAUGGCAUAUAUUGUGUUAAUGAGAAAUCUCUUGAUUUACUAAGAGAUGAUCCUUUAUUCGACCUUGGAAUGGACUUUAACCGCCAAAGUACUCCAUUCUUGCAUAGUCUUACUCCCCAGGUUGGCGAUUUUCAGCCCUCAUCCUCUGUUAUCAGAGAAUUGACACCAGAUGAGUCCAAUUCAGAAGAUUUAUUAGUGAAUAUGGACUUUUCGUUUGCUGAAGAUGGAAAUAUAGUUGAUCCAAGUCCACCCAGGGGUGCAGGCUUGGACGAAAAUAUCAGUGAGCAGGAAAUAAACCUUAGUUUAGGCAACGCGUUGAAUGAGGAAAUUACAUUGGAAUCCCCAAUAACUGCAAAAUCAAAUAAUGCUCAGGUAGUGGAAUCUGCAACAACUGGAAGAAGUAAUCUGCAAAGUAGGUUGAAUAAUAAUGUUGAACUGUCACUUGAAUCGAGGCAUAGGCAUAAGAUGAUAAAAAUGAAGUAUGACGGAAAAAUUAUGAUCAGCAUGAACGAGUUGAAGAAAUAUCGUGAACAAUACUUAGGCAGUUCGUUAGAAAUUCAGGAAAAGCGCAGAAGAAUUGAUGAGCAUGCGUUUUCGAGCAUCUUUAGCACCUUUACUGAUCGAAUUAAAUUUCAUAAACAGCAAAGCAAUCCGCCUAAGCUGAGAAGGUCAUCAACAGCAUCCUCAAUUGAGCAAGCUAGAAGAAGAAGAAGCUCGAGUGUCUCAUCUGUGGAAAAUGCAAGGAGAUUUAGAUUAGAGCAGCAAUCGGAUCCAAUUGGCGAUGAGCUUGCACUUGAAAUGCCUGCAGAAGACGAAAAUGAUACUGUUUUGCAGUUGGAUUUUGAGGCUGAUGAUGCAUUUAUGGACAUAGAUAUCGAUGAAAGUAUGUCGAAAGAAGACAUAUCGACCAAGAAAGUGCAAUUGUUGAAAAUCAUUGAGAGUAAGAUGCAGGAAAAGAGUGAUAACGAGGAUUCAUUAGCGUUCGUUGAUGUGUGUCCUGUAGAAUCCACAAAAAGGUCGGAUGCCGCAGUUUUGUUUCAUCGAUUACUACAUCUCGAGCAGGAUGGAUCGGUUUCUGUUGAUUUUUUGGAUGUUUCUGGAAGCAUGAAUAAGUGGAAUCCAUUAGAGCCAGAAAGCAUAUCGAUUAGAUUGAGAUAA